AUGCCACGAGCGGGCCAGAAAAAAGGUGAUCGAGAUGAUACAUACAAACCUAGUAAAGAAGCCGAAGAAGACAUCGCCGACGUCGACGUCGACAUUUUAAAACCCACCAAAGCAACCCUCAAACCAUCUAAAAUCACCAAGCCUCUCUCAAAAGGAGCUUCAAAACAACAAACCCAAAAGAGCACUCCAAAAGGCACUCCCAAAGGAACACCCAAACACACACCCCGAUCUACCCCCAAACCCCCCUCAGCAGGCGCCUACAAAAAACCCUCUCCCCCACCCAACACCCGCACCGCCGCUCCCUCCUCUACCACGAUCAUCCCCUCCCUACCCAGCGCGCCGUAUUUCUGCUGCCGCAAACCACUUCCUCUCUCAUCUUCUUUCCCUCCUGAUCUCCAACGCUUCUACACUUUCCUCGUCGACUCCCUCACUAUCAUGUAUUUUCCUUCACCCGUGGCUAAACUCCCAGCGUGCACGACCUAUUACCGAUUUUCGCACCUUUCCCUCACCACAUGCACAGAAGUGCAUCGAUAUUUUCUCGCGUACGAGCCGCGCGAUGAAGUCGAAGGGGUAUUUUCCGAGGGUAGCGAGGCGGAUGUGUUAAGUAAGGCCGGGCGUUGGGUAAUGAGGAUGGGGUAG